AUGUGCCGAUGUCGUAAGGAUCAUAUUCGAGCAUCCGAAGAAAAACAUGACAGGGCAGUUCAAUUACAGAAUUUCGAGCAAGGACAAGCCAAGAAUGGAGCAGUACAGGCCAGUCUAAAACCAGGAACCCGUUUGAGUGUGAAUGAUUUGGCCAAGUCCAGUUCAGAUGUCAGAUCUCACAGAGAGGGAUCAGCCCGAAGUCAAGAAACUAUUGGACAGUACGAAGAUAGAAUAAAUAGAGGAUCAAAUCUAUCUGGGUCUACCAACAAUUCAAGAACUGGUGUAGCCGCUGGAUUAGCACAGCGAUUCAGAGACGACGAUGCUGCCAAAAACAAGCGGCUAGAUACAAUAUCUGAGAUAGCUAUGUCCAAUGACUCUUUGCAAAGAAACGAUUCUAAGACGAAUGUAUUCAACAAUAUCGACGGCGGUUCCCGUAAAACAAUCUCCCCGAUGGAAGUCGAUCUCAAUCCGGGUCUCAGCAGCUCCAUAAAUUUGGAGAAGAUCUAA